UUGCAAAUACUGGUAGAUUAUCUCAAUUUUCAAAUACUAUACCUUUAUGGCAACUAUUACCAGAGCUAGAAUUAGAUAUCAAAUCACUAAAUCUAGAAUUAGAAAAUAUGUUACUAGCUCUAAAGUCAGAAAUUUCAUCUUAA